AUGGCUUUGGAUUUGAGUGAAUGUGGAAAUGAUUUAUUUACAAUUCUUGAUAGGAUUGAUUUUUCUGAUAUUCCAAACAAGGGUAUUGUGAACUUGUUUAAACAUUCUAAUCGAUUAUUCAAUUAUUGUACUUCUAGUGAGCUCCGUAUUGAUAAAAAAUUAAGGAAUAUGAUUAGUUAUAAGAAUGACAGAGAUUUAAUCCUGCAAUCAGUCAAACAUCAUGGAAACAUACUAAAUUACGUAGAUAGGAUAUUUUCAGAAGAUCCUGAAUUGAUCUUUGAAGCACUCAAAACAUGUCCAAGUAUGAUCAGUAAACUCCCACCUUCUCACUUGAAGAAUACUGAUUUUGCAUUAAGAAUGGCUUCUCGAUUCACAUAUUUCUGGUUUCCUUCCUUCUAUUUAAAUCAAGAUGAGGAAUUCUGGUAUCAGGCAGUUAUUGUCCACAAGUUCCUUGCGAUUCAGGAUUUGCCUAUAAAACCAUAUCACUACUUGGAGCUAAAGAAAAUAGUGCUGUCUAGAAAAGGAUUCCUAUUAGAAUUAUUUUCUGACAAGGACAGGGAGGAUAUUGAGUUGGUAUUGUGUGCAAUGCAGAUUCCAAAAUACUUUAAAUUUGCUUCUGAAAGAUUGCAAAACUCAGAGCAGUUUGCCUCUUGCAUUUUCUCAAUCUAUUCAUCCAAUUCUCUAUUUGGUGUGAAUUCUUUUCCAUAUAUUAUACCAGAGCUCAAAAAUAAUUUUACAUUUAUGAAAUUGAGUUGCCUGAAGUUUAACCCGUCUCUGUUCAAACAUGCUUCUCCUGAGCUGAGAGGAAAUAUUGAAUUUAUCAAGUGUAUUAUCAAUGAUUGCUUUUCAAGAAGUAUGAAAGCUAGCUAUGUGCGAGAAAAUAUCAUCCUGAACAUUAUGGGAAGGAAAGAAGACAGAGAUGAGCUCAUUAAGGUACACAACCAUUGCAAGGCAGAGUAUCCCAAUCAAAAAUUAUUAUUCUUUGCUAGUCCACUUUUGUUCUUUGACGAAAGUUUUAUUAGAAAUGAAACUGCUCAAUUACUUCCUAAGAAUGAGGAGUUCUCUAUUGAGAAAUUGUACGCAUCAGCCUUUAAACAAAGAGAGAUUAUGGUUUGUGCAGCUUGUUCGCUUAUUGAACCAUCUCUGUAUUCUAAUGACCAUUAUCAAUUUUCUUCAACAUUCUUUCACUAUAUGAACGAAAGCCAUGUUAAAAUUAUCUAUUAUGAGUGCUAUUCAUGGAAGGAUCAAUCAAAGUAUGAUUCACUUACACAGGAAACCAAAAACAGUAUUGACAGCACAUUAUUUGAAAUGACAAGAUCCAUUUCUUCUUCUUUGGAACAUGUUUGUUGGGAUGAUAUGUCAGAUUCAUUACUUUUUUCAGAAUUGGAACGAUUCUUUUCACAAGGAUUCACCUUAGUUGGAGAAUAUACCAAGAAUCUCAUUGGAAAGUCAUUCACAAAAAGAUUUGGAAAUGAUCGAAGCUUUUUCAAAAAUUUUAUAGUUUCGAAUAAGAGAGUGCCCAUUCUCCAAUAUGCUUCUGAUGAAAUUAAGGACGAUUUGAGUUUCUUUCUUGCACUUACUUAUUUACCAUGUUGUAUUCAAUAUGCUUCCGAGAAAUUGAGGUCAAAUAAGGAAUUUGUGAAGAAAGUUGUAAUGAAAGAUGAUAACAUGUUCCAAUACGCCUCUGAAACAAUCAGAAAUGAUUAUGAAUUUGUUUUGGAACUAUUAAUUGAAAAAAAAUAUGGACUUGAAUGUUUCUAUCAAUUUUCCACACGAGAGGUAAAGAUUCAGUUGUUCCAAAAUCAACCAGAUUUAAUGAAGCAAAUAAGCCGUAUUUAA